GUCAUAGAUGGGACGGUGUGUGCGCCAGAUUCAACUUCAGUCUGUGUGCAGGGAAAGUGCAUUAAAGCGGGCUGUGAUGGGCAGCUCGGCUCCAAGAAGAAAUUCGACAAAUGCCGGGUGUGCGGUGGGGACAAUAAAAGCUGCAAGAAGGUGUCCGGACUCUUCACUAAACCCAUACACGGCUACAACUUUGUGGUCACUGUUCCGGCCGGUGCCAGUAAUCUAGACGUCAGACAACGUGGCUACAAAGGUCUAAUCAACGAUGACAAUUACUUGGCGGUGAAGAACUUGCAGGGCCGCUAUUUGCUGAAUGGGAAUUACAUUGUGUCUGCGGUGGAGCGUGACCUUCCCCUACGCGGCAGCCUGCUGAAGUACAGCGGCACCGGGACGGCCGUGGAGGCCUUACAAGCAAUCAACGUGAUACAAGAACCACUGACUAUAGAAGUAUUAUGUGUUGGCAAGAUGACCCCUCCCCGCCUCCGCUACACCUUCUACAUCCCCCGAGAAAAGAGAGACAACUCUGCCGGACAAAUAAUAAGUAACAGCCUGGCUGCCCUGCCGCCCCCCCCUCCUCGGCCCAGACCACAGUCCCAAUGGACCAUUGGCAGCUGGGGAGAAUGUUCGGUUACCUGCGGCAAUGGGCAGCAGACCCGGAUAGUGGGAUGCCGUGACCCCUGGGAACAUCUGGCGUCUGACUGCCCAACCUCACUGCGGCCACCGGUGGUAAGAACCUGCGGUGACCCAUGUCCCAUGUGGGAGGCUGGAGAGUGGACGAGCUGUUCAAAGACCUGCGGCAGGGGGUUCAAGAGGCGGCCGAUGAGGUGCAGUGCCGGCGGCGGAGUAACGUUACCCAGAGAGCAUUGCAAGUUAAAGAGAAAACCUCAGGAGCUGGACUUCUGUAUUCUCCGACCAUGUUCAUGAAGGGGGUCGGAAAAACUG